CUUGAGCGCGGGCGCCUUGAUGGGGAAGGAGGUGGCGGCGGAGGUGGGCGUGCGGCUCGCGCUGUUCGCGGCCUUCCUGAUAACAGAGCUGCUCCCGCCCUUCCAGAGGCUCAUCCAGCCCGAGGAGAUGUGGCUCUACCGGAAUCCGUACGUGGAAGCAGAGUAUUUCGCCACCAAGCCGAUGUUUGUCGUCGCCUUGCUGGCCCCGCUGGCCCCGGUCCUCCUGGCCAGGUGUCUGAAGCAGGCGGACGCAGCGGACAGCCGGCAGGCCUGCCUGGCUGCCAGCCUGGCCCUGGCUCUGAAUGGCGUCUUCACCAACACAGUCAAACUGAUAGUGGGGAGGCCACGCCCAGACUUCUUCUACCGUUGCUUCCCCGACGGGCAAGCCCAUCAUGACUUGACGUGCACAGGAGAUGAGGACGUGGUGAAUGAGGGCCGCAAGAGCUUCCCCAGUGGACAUUCUUCCUUUGCAUUUGCUGGUCUGGCCUUCGCGUCCUUCUACCUGGCAGGGAAGUUACACUGCUUCACACCACGAGGCCGAGGGAAAUCUUGGAGGUUCUGUUCCUUUCUGUCACCCCUACUCUUUGCAGCUGUGAUUGCACUGUCCCGCACCUGUGACUACAAGCAUCACUGGCAAGAUGUCCUGGCUGGAUCCGCCCUCGGCCUGACGUUCGCCUACGUCUGCUACAGGCAGUACUACCCGACGGACGCCCAGUGCCACAGACCACUGCAGCGCAGCCCUGCUCUUCCCACCGCGCAGAAGCAGCCUGGCCACCCCCGUCAUUUUGAUGUUUAGACGCUGGAGCUGCCUCCCUGGAAAACAGGUGAAUCGGCCCCUCCUAACUAACUCACCACGCCCAGGACAAGAAUUUCUGACCUUUUACCUCCUGAGAGGUACAGGUGAGGAGAGGAGGCCCCACGAUCAUGCAGUUUUGCCCUGGCUCAUGGGGAUUUAUCGCGAGGAGUCAAGGUCCUUUUUCACGACUGUUCGCCACGCAUUCCAGUAACGAGAUCUUUCCAGGGUCUUUCCAGCUCAUGAACGUGGCCCAUCACAUUGGUAUCCCAAGAUCUACAGUGUUUUUACACUUAACUUCAGUACUGUUCUUGGAAUGAUUCUGUCACAAAGAAGCUUUUGCCUUAGCCCCACUUUAUCCUAGAAGCUAGCGCUGAUGAUCAGAACUUAAUCGCCAUUUCCCAUAGCUCAAAAUCUUAAAAUCUGGGGCAUGAGCAAUUAAAUUAUUUUAGUUCUGUUUACUUUCUCUGGCGGCAAUUCCAUCACGCCUUAAAUAGGAAAAUCUCCGAUUCUGGCUUAUUUACCACUGUGCAUAUCUUAUUCAAGUCCAGCUAAGUACUGCUGUCCAUUUUGAAUACUGUAAACAUAAACGAUUUGAUAAUUUGUUGAAUUACUGAGUAAACACAAUAAAAAAGAAACUGGUCAGGAGCGUGGAUUCAGUACUCAUGUCUCCACCUUACUUGUGUUAACUGUGCUCACGAGCUGCCUUCCCUCCACUCAGGACUGAAGACCUGCCCAAAUGCACCAGCUGUGCCAAGCAGCCAAGGCAGGGCAGGGUAGUCAGAGACACGUCUGUCUGGAGGGCAGGUGAGUCUCCUCCCGCCCUCACGGUAGGGUAUAAUGGACCAUGACGGGACAUCGGGGGAACUGAUGGUGUAGGACCUAUAACGGCCUUUCUCUGUGUUGUGAUUGUAUUUUGUUUUCUUUUUGUGAUUAUAUUUUAAAUAUGACCUUGAUUUGUGUAUUUCUAUAACAUUUUCAAUAUAUCUUUUUCCUAACGGUGAACGUGGUUUUUUUGUGCUUAAAGUUCCAUUUGAGACCUGAAACAUUUCCAGAGUUAGUUAGACACCAGAUUCCCUAUCUGACACAAGUGAUUCCACUAUCUAUAGCAGUGGCUGAUGUCCAUACCAAAGGAGCAUCUCAAUAUUUACCUUAUAAUCGCCGCACUUUAAAUCAACGGUCAAGGCGAAAGAAAGAACCUGAAUGUUAUAGUUCUUUGCCCAAAACUCUUUUUAAACUUGUUUUAGUAGUACACAAGGGGGAGAGAAAUGGUUAUUGUAUUGACUCUAUGAUGGAUGAGCCAGGUAAAAGUAGGCAACUGGUCAGUACGGUUUUAUUUCAGUAUUUACUAAAGUUUUAAAUAUAAUCACAUAAAAAACAUUUCAAAAAGUGCAAAAUAUCAGAAAGCUAAUCAGUGCUAUUAAUCUUUCCAUGCAAACAAUCUCUUUUGCUGAGAUAAGCAAUAAAAUACCAAUUCUGCAGCUGGGAAUAUGUAUAAAAUGAUACUCUACCAUCAUUUAAAAAUAGGCUUGGUCAAGAGAUUGCACAUGAUACAACAGAAGUAGUGCAAAUAAUAUACAACUAAACAAGGAACUCAAGUCAAGCUUAUUACCCUGUGGAAUAUACAUCUGUGAUACCAGCACAGGGGGACAAAUAGGAUAUAAAGCUCUUUUCCAGUCACCUGCCCCUCACCACCAGGAAGGAAACACUUCUUAGUAAAAACAGUGGUUUAUCUAGCCAUCCAGGUUGAUCCUGUUCAUCUUUGGUUACGGGGACUCACUCUUGCUGGUCCUUUGGUUUACUCUUAAAUUUUAGUUACUCUGUUAAUAGGAAGACCAAAGUUAAAUUUGAAGACAACAACUUGAUGAAACCUUCCCCUUUAAUAUGUACUGAAUGCUACUGAAUUCUCAGUAACCCCUCAGAGUUUACGUAGUAAAGAAAAUGAAGUAUUUCAUAUAGAUGAGACUUCUUAGUGGCUUAGCAUUAGUCUGUAAGCAGAUGGACAAGGAAAGGCCAGGCUCUCACCUUUACCCCAACCUUAUCUCUAGGGUGACAGUAAUUAACCUUCCCUCUGCUGUCAAAGAGAUGGCUUAUGUGAAUGUUAAAUUCCAGGGCUUUGGAUACCAUGAUACAUUUACUUACAAGAAACCGAUACAAAAAACAAAGCACAGCUUGCCUGUCUACACCGCUCUGUCCACCAGGGCCUGUAGGAAUCUGAGAGGAGUAUGAAGGACUGUCACAAAGAGAACUGCAAAGACAAUCACAAACUGAGACCUGUGAGAAAGAAAAUACCUACAGCAGAGUGGUGAGCAAGAUGCCUUGGAAACAAUUAGUCUCCAUUCACUCGUCUUCUUCAAGGUGCAUCUCACUUGCACGCUCUGACACUGACUGCAACAGCUGUUCCUGGCCCCAUAGAUGCAGGUUUGUCUUUCAGAAUAAGGAACGCUUCCCCCUAGCCAGAUCUACCAACACUGCCUGUGCCGGGAGCCUGUUCCAUAGCGUCCUGCACUACGGGUACCUAAGAAGACAACGCUGUUUAUGUGCUUGAAGAGGACACUCUUCAAUACUCCCUUCACCCAAGCAGCUGUGGCAGAUGGCUUACACAAUUCUAUUUCACCAUCAAUGUACCACUAAAACAUUUUAUUCAUCACUUCAUAAGCAGUCAAAGCUGUGUAAUUUCAGGUCUGUCAGCUUUUAUAACCCUCAGCUUAAGAACUAACAACUAAGUCGGACUUUGUCUAGAGUCUCCCAGUGUGAAGUAUGAUAUGAUAUAAAAGGGCAGGUCUAGGGUAUAUAACAUCUUUGCUUUAUAAAGAUGCACCUGAUGUGAACUAAACUGUCCGCUUUAGACUGUCCACCGAGAGCAGCUCAAACAGCUGUGGAAACAAUGAACAGCAUCAGUGAUUCCUAGCAAUAAUAAUAAUAAUUCCUAGCAAUAAAUCUGUCAGUCAGCUGUAGAGAGAGUAAACAGUAUUUACAAAUUUUAGUCUUUCUUCAUACAGUAUCAUGUAGGAAAUAAAAGCUGGCUCAAAAGAAUCUGAUGGCCACCAGUCUCCCGCAUCCACUUAGACUUGGCCUUCAAAUGCAGAGAACACCCAUGAGCGAAGAGCAGACCCCAAAAUGCCUUCUGAAUCUCAGGAGUCCACUUAUAUUUCUAAAGAUAAGCAAUAAUUUCUUGGAAAAAUUUAUACCCAGCCCAAAACAAAAACUCAAACAGACUUUAUACCAUCUCAAGUAAUAAGCAAUAAAGUGUGGUACCUAAGAGAAAAACAAAUACCAUAUGCUAACACAUAUUAUGGAAUCUAAGGAAGAAAAAAAAAAAAAGGUCAUGAAGUACCUAGGGGUAAGAUGGGAAUAAGACACAGACCUACUAAAGCAUGGACUUGAGGAUAUGGGGAGGUGGAAGGGUAAAGCUGUGACGAAGUGAGAGAGAGGCACGGACACAUAUACACUACCAAACGUAGAAUAGAUAGCUAGUGGGAAGCAGCCGCACAGCACAGGGAGAUCAGCUCGGUGCUCUGUGACCACCUAGAGGGGUGGGAUAGGGAGGGUGGGAGGGAGGGAGACGCAAGAGGGAAGAGAUAUGGGAACAUAUGUAUAUGUAUAACUGAUUCACUUUGUUAUAAAGCAGAAACACACCAUUGUAAAGCAAUUAUACUCCAAUAAAGAUGUUUAAAAAAAAAGUGUGGUACCCUAAAUACCAUCGUCAAAGUAUUAAAGAUGCAAACCACUCCCAGCUGUGAAGAAAGAAUGGCAAGUGUUUCUCUGAAGCCAGUGGUAAAAAGUAACAGGGUCUUCCCUUUGCUUUUCCACUCACUUCCAGAGAGGAAGAUUAUCUUCCAAAGACCCCAGUGGUGAGUAAGUGACAGGCAACCUGCAGGAAAUGACGCAGCUGAGGAGAGGAAAACUGCAGCAACAAAGAGGCAGGUUUUCUGGGGAAGGAUCCCUCAGUGUCUGUCUAAGGCAGAGAGUUGAAGAGGUCAUCACGCUGGAAGGCGACCAGAGAGAACGCCAGUCUGAACACGAACUUUCUAACUACACAUCUAAAGGGCUGAGUAACGUAAAUCCCAGGAUGAGCUGUUUGUACUUAAAGCUGUAACUGUUGCCAUGGUAACUGUCAGAUGGUCAACUAUUAAGAUUCUGAGUUUAGAUCCUAAAAAUGGCAAGUAUUAUUGGACCAAGUCGCUAACAAAACAAACGUACACUAACCUUUCUCUAAGUGGCCUACUGUGCUUUUUUCCCAUGAAUUUUAACCAGAGUCCCU